UUGAAAUCGUGAACUUGGUCGUUCGAACCGACAAAGCAAAAAUCUGUUGGAGUCAGGCGGGCGCGUUCGAGAUUCCUUGAAUGAGUCCGUCGAAGGAUGUUCGGUUAGACCUCCUCCUGAUGCGGCGACCCGACGUGAUCUGGAUCGUUGUUGGUAUCGCAAGGAGGGGAAGAUCGGCACGUUGCGUCGCGUCGUGGAACGGGGGAUGCGAGACACGGAUAUUUAGGAGAGUCGAGUUGUCGGGAUGAUAGUUAUGCAGGGUUGGAUACCAGAAUUUCGGAGCCUCGAGCUAAUUUCUCUGCCUGGUCGUCAUUAUCACAGGGUGACUCGAUUCACCUUAUCAGCGGAAAGGAUAUCGAAUGGAAAAAGAUUGAACGCGGAGCUUUACACAGGAGGUUCGAAGGGUUGGCGAGGAUUAUCGGGAUAUUCCGGAGACGAGUAACUCGAUCAAUGAAUAUCUCCUUUUUCCUAUCCUCGCCGAUAUUGAUAUAGGGUGACUAACUGGCUUUUUGUUUAUGAAGAAAUUGUAGGGUCUGUUGCGUUCUUUCCUUUGUCAGAUAUCGUGCAAUUUUCAGAGUGGAGUUCCGUUUGAUCGCGCGGCUUAAGAAAUUAAAGUAGAGCAAGUUUCGUCGCGCGAUAACGAGCUUCUUUCUGGAAACCUGGUUAUAAUAUAGAAUAGUAUAAAAAGUAGCGUUAGAUAUCAGCGGUUUUUAUUAAAAUUCGAUCGGGUAACGGCAAUUUUAGGAAAAGGUGUAUUCAACGCGAAAGCGGUUAUUUACUGCUUCAGUAUCGUGUAGCAUCUUAGUCUUAUCCUGCUUUAGAAUCAUGCCACCAUUAACGCGGUACUUUCCUUCUAGGGACACCCUAUAAAUUAAAAUAGGCCAUCCUACAUGGACGCGGUAAUCGAGAAAAUGUAACGAAGGUUUGACGUAUGAAGGAAGUAUCAAAGCCUAAGAGAUACAAGCAUUAAAGUUACUCUCACGUAUAUUAAGCUAGCGCAUCCCGAAAACAAUGCAAACAUUCUUUUAAAGUUCACCGAUUUUCAUUUCUUUGUUCCAUUUGCCGUGUUAACUUCAUUUAGUGCUCAAUAUCGUGAAAGCGAAGGAAAGGUGGUAAAUGAAUAUGUCUUCAAAAUUCUCUGACGUUUCACAACAUUCUUCUCGUUAUUCCCAGUUACGCGCUAAUGAUAUUUUUCAUAUCCGAUCGCUUUCAUUUAUUUUUCCAGUGUUUUGCUGCUUUCGAGUAAUAACACUCGUUUCUUUCGCCGAACGAAAAUCUUGGAAAAUAUCUACAUGGAAUUCGCAGCAUAUACACGUCGCAAGUAACGUAGCUGUUUCAUGUUUGUAAGAAAUCGUUUGGUGAUUACCAUUCAUUUUAAAACGUAUCAGACAUCAUUUAUCAAAAUCCUUGCACGAUAAAUAUUCAAAAUUUAUGUCUCCUUAUACACGAUAAAUCGGUACACCCAGUUCCUGAUACGAACACUUUAUCAGAAAGAUUCUUCUUCGCAUCUUCAUAUGCAUAAUUCAAUUAAAACAUACAUAUACAUAUACAUAUAUAUUUCUGAACCUUGACAACGUAUAAAGUAUGGUAUAAUGUUAAAAGUCUGCUCUCGAAUGUCCAUAGAUUUUCGCAACUAUUUCGAACGUUGUAAAAAAAUAUCCGACCCAUGCCGUUGGCAAUAAUAAUUCUGCGACGUAUGCCUCGAAGAAUGGUUGGUCGAACCUUAUAAAAUAUGUUUUCUAGACGAACCCAUAGCGAGAGAUAUAAAUGGAUGAAAUCCGCAGAUCGAUUUGGAUGGGUAAUCGGUCGAUUCUUUUCCAUUUUUAGGAAAAGGGGCAGAAGGAAAUCGAUGGAACGAUAGAAAAAGGGUAGAAAGAUGGAAUGACCAAUGGCCGAAUGAUAUUGCAACGUUGGAACGAGCAUUGAUUCACCAAUUCCGGCGCGACGUCGGUCGUAUUGAACUUGAUCCCAUUUCUUGCAGCCCAAUUAGCCCACAUAUAGAUCCGCCCAUGCCGUGUCGUGUGGGGUGGCUUUCAGCGGGAGUGUGCGCAGUGACAGGUAAGCGCGCAGCUUCUGGGGUUGGAGAAAAGGCAGAGCAGAGGAGGCAGCCCCGUGAACCCGUGGCGAUGCCUCAGGAUAGGCACGUCGCGACUCCCGAUGCCGAAACAUCCUCGACCAUGUCGGGUGCCGGUAACGGGCCACCAGUUUCCACGUUCUUGUUCGUACAACGGCCGUCCUCAUCCUGGUCACCUGGCCCGACCUCGUUACUGCUGCUCGCCGGACCAACUCGAUUAAUAAUCGUUUAAUCGGUCCUCGCACCUUCUCUCCAGCCGACCAGAGACACGCUCGUUCGCGCCGGAUCCGCCUCGACGCUGCCGCCGCAUCCUCGGACAUCCGUGGCCGAGGGAAUACAUAUAUAUUUAGAGAGGCAGACUACUGUGGAGGGGGGACUGUGAAUCUGGAGCACGAACAGGUGGUGCAACAUCAGUCGAGAACUGGAGAGGAUAGAUAUAUCGGGGGAAGAAGUAACAGAACCGUGGUGGGACGCGUUGUUGAAGAGGCUGAAGAAAUUGGAGUUCCUAAGAUACUUAUACCACGAUAAACGUCCGUGCGCAACAUCGCGACAGCACGGUGCUAUUUUCUACGUCACCCUAUACAAGGUAUUCUGGACAAUCAAUAUUUAUCGCGUGGAUCGUCGAAAAGAAGCUUCGCCAACGACCUGUGAUCAUGCUCAGCCCAAAGAUGCAAAGAACUGUGAGGGUGAACGACUCGCAGCUCAUCAUGCUCUCGGAAAAAGCUCAUUACGAUCACUCGUUCACUGGAUAUUUGCACAAACGAACCGCCGACUCGGCCAAGUGGCAAUUACGAUGGUUCGUUUUGUAUCAGAAUUUGCUAUUCUACUACGAAAAUGAAAGCUGCUCGAGGCCCAGCGGUGUUGUUUUGUUGGAGGGUUGCUACUGCGAUCGCCUCAUUACCGCCAAAGGCAAAGAGCCAGAUAAACAGCACUGUUUCGCGAUAUCCUAUAGAAGGGAGAAUCAACGAUCAUACGAGCUAAAAGCGGCUACAGAGUCAGACUGCAAAACGUGGAUCGAAGCUAUACGAGAAGCUAGUUUCAACAGAUUGCUGUUGCAAAAGGAGGAGCUCGAGCAGAAGCAUUUGCACCUGUUGCAGAUUGUCGAGUCCGAGAAGACGGCUAAGUGGCAGUACACACAGCAAUGCGAGGAGCUCGCAUCAGAGAUAAAGAAGCUCCGAGGGGAGCUGUGCGCCCUGAAGAAAGAGUUAAGGCCUGCAGCUUCGUCGUAUCCAGGAAGACCGGGAGUUCAAAGGACCAUGUCCCAAGGCACUGGCAGUUUAUACAUGUCGGGAUCCUCUUUUGGAUACGAGGCGCAUGGUUCGGGAAUUUCAGCGUUUGGAUUACGAGAUAUCAGCGAGGGCUCGAUCGAGAUGCAGAAAAUUAAAAAGGUUCAAAGCUUCUUCAGGGGUUGGCUGUGCCGCAGGCGUUGGAAGCAGAUCGUCGAGCAGUACAUUAAAAGCCCUCAUGCUGAGAGCAUGCGUAAGCGGAACAGCUUAGUGUUUCAAAUGGUGGAAGCCGAAGAAGAAUAUACGGAACAGAUGGAGAUAUUAGUAAGCUGUUUCUUGAGGCCUUUUAAGAUGGCUGCCAGUUCAAAGAAACCCCCUUGUAGUCACGAGGAUGUGAAUAGCAUAUUUUUGAAUAGCGAAACAGUGUUGUUCCUUCAUCAGAUCUUCCUGAAGGGUCUCACUUCUCGUAUGGAGAGCUGGCCCACUUUAGUUUUAGGCGAUUUGUUCGACAUGUUACUACCAAUGUUGUCAAUUUAUCAAGAAUACGUGAGGAACCACCAUUACAGUCUUCAAGUGUUGACUGAAUGCAAGCAAUCGUCACCUUCGUUCGCUGCAUUGCUCACUAGAUUGGAGAACAAGACUGCUUGCGGAGGACGUUCACUGGAGACCUUUUUAACGUAUCCUAUGCAUCAGAUUCCAAGAUACAUUAUUACGCUGCACGAAUUAUUGGCCCACACCCCUUACGAUCACGUUGAACGAAAAAGUUUACAAAAUGCGAGGCAACAAUUGGAAUAUUUAUCGAGACAAAUGCACGACGAGGUCAGUGAAACAGAAAAUUUACGAAAAAACUUGGCCGUGGAACGAAUGAUCGUAGAGGGCUGCGAUAUUUUACUCGACGUCAAUCAAGUGUUCGUCAGACAGGGUACGCUCAUCCAAAUCUUAGAUAAACCAAAAGGGGCUCGAAGUAGAUUGAGCGCGACGUUUGGAGGCAAAGGUGGUGGCGAUAAGGAAGCAGUCAGACAGUGCUUUCUCUUUUCCAAUCAUUUGUUACUAACGACGCGUCAAUCGGACGACGAUGGCCGUUUGAAUCUUGUCCCACAAAUAGGAAAAAUACCUCUUUCCGAUGCGGUGUUAGUGGAGGACCCUAACGACCAGAGUACCGCAGAUGACGAUGCUUCUUCGACUUUGGGCCUGCGGCGACAUUCCAAGCAGUGGAUGAUCUGCCUUGUGCAAAACGGCAUCAGCGAGAGCAGCGGAAGUGGUAGCGGAAGUGCCAGUAGCCAAUUGCAGAACCGUGACUUCAAAAUCAUACUCGACUUAAAAUCUAGCGGAUCUCAAGUUACCGUACACCUCGUAGCUCCUACUAUUCAGGAGAAAGCUGCUUGGAUAAGCGAUAUCAGCCAGUGUAUGGACAACGUUCAGUUCAACGAUUUAGUUCGAGGCUCGUUGUCGGACACCAGUUCCGUCACGAUGCCUCAAUCCAUCAGGAACGACCCGAAGCUGUUCAAGGAUGACGUAGACAUCAGAUUCAGUAGGACCUUAAAUUCCUGCAAGGUGCCGCAAAUUCGAUCAGCCACUCCUGAACGACUACUUCAACGUCUGACGGAUCUCAGAUUUCUCAGUAUAGAUUUCCUCAAUACGUUUUUGUUAACGUAUCGAGUAUUCACCAAUGGCGUCACUGUACUCGAAGCUUUGAAGAAAGUGUUUUACGAGGCUGAGCCACCCGAUGCCGAGAUGCCCACUGGUUCUCUGGUGUCCUUAGACGUAUUGGGUGGAAACGCAGCGGACUCGCAAUUGCACGUGGACGAUAGAAGACGAAGCAGCGUUUCACCACGAAGAACCAGCGGGGCUAGUUCAGUUUCUGGAUACGGAUCGGAAAUAAGCGACAGCCGUGAAGCGAAGAGUCACGGUUCCUGUGACUCCAGCAGCGGCGGAUACACGCUCAAUUCAAAGGGAUAUUGGCGCAGUGGCGGAUAUAAAAAGGUGGACGAAGAGCAGCAACUAGGUUUGAUUUCGGAAGCUCCUUCGAUUAUAAAACGAAGUCCUACUAUACAAUCGUCCACUGCGUCCAUUGGUUCUCAAUCUCCUGCAACACCACGAAAAAUCAGCAUUCGCGUGGACAAAGAAAAGAAGGAAGAAGAUGAUGGCUGUCAUUUAACGAUACCAAAGGUCAUUGGUGUUUCGUCCAGCUCCGAGACACUCACGGAUAAUACGGUGAUAAGCGCACCUUCCUCUCCGAGCAACCUGAGUUCCGUCACGUUGGUUGGGUCAACUGGUUCAGGGUCAGGAUCAGGAUCGGAUCGAAGUCCGCAGGAUGGGGUUACUUAUUCGCGUGGCGUCUCCGAAGAAACGGAUACACCUGUAGCAACGGAUCCGCCAAAAGGGGAGGAACAGUUUAUCUAUGAGGAUGCCGAGUCUGAAACGUCGAAACGAGCGAAAGAGGAGACACCAACGAAAACUCCUACAACGCCAAAGGCGACAGCCAUCGAAACAACCGAGAACGAAGCAAGCAAACACGAGAAAGAGAAACAGCCCGCGAAAGAAAGUGAAAGUGGCUGUCCAUCGGCCCAGCCGCCGUCUCCUCAACAAAAUCAGCCGAAUCAACAGAGGCAACAUCUGCAUCAUAACGAACAUAGAGCAUCCAUCGCCUCUGCUCCUGCGGCUACCGCAAGAAGUAGCUCGAUUUCUACGAUAACUGGAAAUUAUUGGAUGAGCAGGCGAUCGAUUCAAGAAAUCGAAAUGUCUUCCCAACAAGGCAACUUCCAACAUGACCAGGUUUCCAGCAAAGCUGGAGUAGUGAUUACCAGCUUUCGGCAGAGUCAUCGAAGCGUUGGACCUGUACCUAUCUGGAGUAGUACCUCGACGGCUGCAACUGCAUUCGCAAUCGCAACAUCUGCGUCGAGCAACCCCCCGGACAAAGGCAUUGAUGGAAAUAAUCGCAGUGGUUCUUGUCGAGACAAAAACAGACGCAAGGAGUCGGUCAUGUCAACUGCAGCCACGAUGCGAGUGUUAAACGUUUUGAGGCAUUGGGUCUCGAAACACGCUCAAGACUUCGAGUCCGAUCAGACGCUGAAAAAUCUGACGAUCGAAUUUCUCGAGGAUAUCAUGUACUGCUCGAAUCUUCUUCCGGCUGAACACAAAGCCGCGAGCCAACUUCUUCGAUUGAUCACGAAAGAAGAGCCAGAGAGCAACAAAGUGGACCUGAAGAAACUGUUGGCAUCUCCCACUGUGCAAACGAAAGAAAGCAUCGAGACGCUAUCGGCGCUUGAAAUCGCAGAGCAGAUGACGUACUUGGAUCACAAGAUCUUCGUGUCUAUUUCAAGCGAGGAAUUUCUUGGACAGGCGUGGAUGAAAACUGACAAGGCUACGCGCGCACCGCAUAUUCUCUUGAUGACGAAGAGAUUCAACGAAGUGUCGCAGUUGGUCGUUUCCGAGAUUAUCCGGCGUUCGAAUAUGUCAGCGAGAGUUGCGGCGAUCGAGAAGUGGGCCGCAGUCGCGGAUAUCAGCAGGGUUUUGCACAAUUACAACGGUGUGCUACAGAUUUGCGCGGCUUUUACGAACAGCAGCGUCUUCAGAUUGAAAAAGACUUGGGAAAAGGUUUCGAAAACGACGAAGCAGACGAUCGAGAGACUACAGAAUAUCGUGUCUUCGGACGGUCGCUUUAGAAAUCUACGGGACGCUUUGCAUCGAUGCGACCCACCUUGCAUUCCUUAUCUAGGAUUAUAUCUGACCGAUCUUUCCUUCAUAGAAGAGGGUACACCAACUAUGACCGAAGAUGGCCUUUUAAACUUUUCCAAAAUGAGAAUGAUUGCCCACGUGAUUCGAGAGAUACGACAUUUCCAGCAGACACCCUACAAGAUCGAACUGAUAACGAAAGUUACGAAUUAUCUGCUGGACCCGUCGUUGAUGCUAAACGAGAAGGAUCUAUAUCGCAUGUCCUUGGAGAUCGAGCCAAGAACAUCCAGGCUAAGUAGUUCAACCUUAAUUAAUCUGCCACCUUCUGUGAGCCAUACAUCCACAAAGUAAUCUUAAGUAUCGAGCCACUUCAAUUAUCGAUACGUAAUUAUCCUUGUCUUAUCCUCGGGCUAUUUUCUAGAUAAUAUGGAAAACAUUAAAAGAGAAAAAAGAAAAUAAAAGAAAAAAAAGGAAAGAAAUACUCACACUGAGCGUUGAAUCUCAAUUGCUCAAUUGUGAUUAUGAGAAGCGUUUACGGGUUUAAAUGUGCACUCAACUCGUUGAUUCUAUACGAACCGUACGAGUAGCAUUCUCGUUUUUCAUCACGAGAAAAGGACGAAAUAAACGUCUAGGCGAAGUUAUAAUCCAAAGCCUAACCGGCGAGCGUAUCCUGAUAUUCCCCAAGUUUCUUCGAAAGUAGAUGUCCAAUAUUUCUUGCAAAUAGUACGAACGGCGUCGGUUUAUGUCGGACACGAGCCAAUGUGUUUUCAACCCCGUCCAUUUCUGUCCAGUCUCGCUCGUCGUCACAGUCGCAGUAACGUCCGUUUUCCCUAUAUUUCCACUCGUGAAUUUCAAUGUGUGUUUACGUGGAAUCCGAGAAAAGCGCUGUUCGCUGCUACUUGAACGAGUAAUUUAAACGAAGGAGGAAAAUUUCUGAAUAUAUAGAUCGCGCUGUGCCAUAUUCGCGUACGACGCGCGAUCCAAAUUUUCAACAUUUUUGUUGGAACGCUGGAUCGUUCCGAUCACAGGUACACGCGGAGGAAAAGUUUAUAGUCUGUACGAACGUUACCAGCAUAUUUCUAUUUUAUUUAGCAAACCGUAUCGAUCACUGUCGUCGAAAUGUACGAGACGUACAUUUGGUCGAGAGACGACGUUAAACUGGUGGACGAUGCCGGUAACAUCAUUUAUUUCGACGGAGUGUAGGCUAGCUGACGAAACCGGAGAGAUUUCGAUCGUUGGUUUUUAGUUAACGUCGCUCGAUCGAGCAGUAUUAAUUCUUGAGACGCGCCAGUGCAAAUGAAUAUUAAUAUUAAAAAUGCUAGCGACGGAGAUUAGCAGCAGAGAUCGAAGAUUGUAUUUGACAAUCAGUAGAGUAACGAUAUAAUGCCUUCGAUCGGCUCCUAAUCCUAAUCUAAUUUUUAUUCCCAUUUUCCAAACUUCCCUAUUCUUAUCGUUUCUUAAUGUCGUUACAACAAUAUCGUAGAGGUAUAUGUAGUGUGUGCUUAAUUUUACAUCUCUUUUUUAUUUCUUUCUCCAAUAGUACUAUAUUUUAUAAGAAAAUUUGCCGAAGAGUUUCGUUAGGAGAGCGGGACCCAUCAUAAUUUCCAUCGUAUCGAUAUUUUUCUCCAUCGAAAGAUUGAUCGAUAACAGUGCGAAGUGUGAUUUCCAUUUCGUGUAUUUCUAACACAAUUGUCGUGUAAAGUCUACUCGCAUAUUGAGAACGCGCAUAUCAGUAAAGAUGUAUCUAAAUGUAAUCCAAAAAUAUUUAUUCCGCCAUACUUGGCGACACUUUUAGCGCGACUAUUCGAUGAUCGUAUCGUUAAAGUCGUCGUGGCGGAUACGAAGAAAAUUAAUAUCCGUGUCAUCUCGCUGAAGCAAACGGGUUAUUUAUCAAACUGCAUAGUUUACGCUUUGUUACGUUAUAUUAUAUGUUCAGUGUUGCUUUAUUUAUUAUAAUCAAUCAAGAACAGAGGUGCUCGUGUUACGAAAAUUACUACGUUAUUAAAGAAUCGAAGAAGAAUGAAAAAGAUUUAUAACCAUCGAUUUAAAUGCGGUAUUUUAACGCAGUAACGAAUUCAAUGACAAAGUGCUUAUCAGAUUGAGAUAUACAAUAUAAUACGUGCAAGAUAAUAGAAUAAAGAAAGAUGUUCUUUACGCAGGAAUCAUUAGCCAAAAAUAUGCAUAGAAUAAUAUUCUCUGUCUCUUCUUCUUAUACUCUUUUUCGCCUUUUAAAAAGAAACGAUGUUAGUGAUAAGCUUCGGUGAUCAGCUGCAUCCUUCGUAAUCCUUUUUUUUUUUUAUCCAAUUGUCAAAAGGACGUUCCACGGAUAAUCUUCAUUAUACUUUCCUCGAUGUAAGAUUCCACUUUAUAGUUUAUAGCCACGUCGAUCUCGGUAUUGGCUAUGCUUUAUAUUCGAAACGUUUCAGUUGUUUUUAGGUGUAUCGCGCAUCGUUUCGUGAAUUUCUAUUUACCUCUCUUUUAUCUAAAUACGAUAUUAUAUCAAUUCUAGUCAGUCUGUACACCGAGAAUGAGAAACAAAGGAACAUGACGUAUGGACUGCGUGAAACAUAUCCUCUAGCCAGCACGUUCCCCGCACGAGUUUCACGCGAGUAAAACAAUCAACGGGAUAUUAUAGCGAGCCACUUUUCCAUAACAAUUGUAAAUCCUCAACUAGUCGUGUUUUUUUCUUUCUGUUGAUCGUAGCUUAUUUGAUUGUAAAUUUACAUUGUAUAAAUAUCUGUGAUGGAAAAGAAUAAUAGUUAUUGUAAAUACGAAGCGUAUCAGCUCAUAAAUGUUGUUGAAAGUCAAAUAGACUAUAACCUGCGCGAUUAACGUGAACCGUGCGUGAAAUUUUAACACCGAUGUUUUCGUCAACGUCGAAUACACUCGUAAAACAGAACUAUCGAUUCCAAGAGAUUAUACGGGAACAAAUGUAUUCGUCUGUGACAAAAUUCAAAAUGAAAUAUCAUGGUGAAGUACACAAACGCAAUCCUGCAUUCUUCUCUUCUUUGGACGUUUCGUGCAAAGGAAACGUAUGUUCGAUUAAUUUUCUAUUCCAUUACUUGCUAUACCAAUAACCGUAUGAUAUUUGAUUCGAUACUUACGCGGUUUACGUAGGUCGUUUCGUGAAAAUCUCACGUGUUUCUGUUUCCCAAAUCGAUUACUUUUUGUCGUAUCUGUUAACGCCGAUCGAGUUAAAAACGAUCGAAUUUGUGUACCUUCGUCGAAAGUCAUUUCUUCCUGGAGCUUCUAUAUUUUAAACGUCAAAUACUCUUACGGGUCAGGAAUACAGUACCUGAAUACAAAGCCCCGAUCUCGUUAUUAAUUUUAUUAAUAACAAUGUAUCGUCGCUCUUAAAAAGAAAGAUACGAAUUACCUUAACGAAUCUGUGUUCAUGCGCGACUUUCUUUAGCAAAGGCUUCUGUAAAAACAGAAUUAUAUUUAAACAGAUUCCGGACGGAAUAUAGAGAAACGUCGGAGCAAACGUACUUGUACAAAUUGAUACAUACUUGGAUAAUUUUGCGGAGCAUAUCAUUCUCAUAAUCGAAAUGUCAUCGAUUCUCUUUCGCGUUCCAGAAGAUUUCGUAUCUUACGUUGCAGGAUACAUCUCGUUACCUCGUUAAAAGUAUCGAUCGGCUUUGUUUGAACGUAAUUUUAACACGAUUCUUACGUAUCUCGAAUCACCGAAGGAUCACGAGAAACGAGGGAAAAAGAUCUUUUACUUUCCCCAUAUUUAUCGAUAUCGAAGACAAUCCACGGAAUUUCCAAAAAUGUAUCGUUGUUGAUCGAUCGGGACUAGUAAAAAUAUGUGCCAAUUUCUUUUCGAGACGCGAUAAACCGUUAGAAAGCUGAUCCUAUGAUCGAUUUAUAGCGAAGCUCGUGUAACGUCGUAGAAAGAUAUUCUCUACUAAAGUUACUUAUUCAUAGUCUGCCAGUGAUUUAUCAUUUAUCGUAUUUAUAAUUAAAUUCCUUCGCUCGUACAUUAUCUUACAUACGCUCUUUCUAAACCUAGAGCUAUAUUUUCUUUCCACGGACUUGGCGAGUAAUUCCAGGUACCUUAAAACGAAUAUAUAUUCAAUUUUCGAGCAAUCUUGCGCACAAAUUUGCACGCUCAGUCACGAAGCGCGUUUCAUUUGCAGCUUUGCAUAAAUUAUUUGAGAGACUAAUGUCGAGUUCACUGAUAUUUUUCUGUAUACACAGGCACGCGCGUGCACGCACACAAACACACACACACACACACACACACACACACACACACACACACACACACACACACACACACGAAUACAUAAUAUUAAAUGAUAAUUUAGACAGAACUAGAUAACUAUUACUGUUAUUGAUAAAUGCGGAUGUAAAUGGAUUAUCAUCUAUAUGACAAACGUUAUAGAAAUGUAAAAUUAAACGACGUUUCCCUCUAAACAUCGAAGCGAACGAUGUCUAUAGAUUCUAUAAAUUGUUAUGCCACUGUGUCGUGUGAACAAUGUCGCAUAAAAUCUUCUCGAUAACGGGCACUUCUAAGAUUAUUAGUAAACCUUAGAUUAGUACGAUUCUUUAAUCAGAUAAAAAGAACGUGACAGGAAAUUGUCUAUCUCGUACCUAUAAUCAGAACAUAGAUGUAUAAAGAGUAAGAGCUAACGAGGAUUUAAAAACAUUUGACGAAAGAGCUUUGACGAAUCCAAUAUCUUUAUGAAAUUCUUGAUUAUUAAUUUAUUUAACGUCAAUAACCUCUCGAUACCUUAAACGGUCGACAUUUAAUCACUCGAUAAAUAUAGCUUUAUCCUUUUACUUUGAGACUCGUUCGAAAACGUUAAAAGUUCGCAUAAAAAAAAGAAUUGUAAAAGUCUCACCGAUGGAAUGGAACGUUGAACGUUUCGACUUAAGGAUAAUGUUCAUAAUGGGAAAGUGGAUGACCUAGAACAAAAGUAUCGUGGAAUAGUUUUGUUACAUAGUAACACAGGACACUCGUAAGGAUUACAUUAUUCGACCGAACGAAUUUCCGAUGGCUCGCUGCUGUACAAAACUUUCACAAUCAGAGAUAAUCAAAACAAAUCCGAAUACGUACUCUGUAGCGUAAUGAAAGAACUCUUAAACACGUAUGCACAUGUAUGUACAUGUGUGUAGAUGUAUACGUGUAAAGUGUCCAAUUCUAUUUAACGUUGUUUAAUUUAACGUUCCUUUAAAAACGUUAGAUCUUGUAACGAUAUACGUUGUAAUCACAUGUACUUAGUUAACAUUAUGUUUCGUUUGAAUUUAUUUAUCGCAAUUACGUACUUCAUAAUCUUGAAUUGUACUAUAUCGAAAUAAAGCAAUCAAAUAUUUUCAACGUAUUUUGCGUUAUAAAUCUUCAAUUAUUUAUUCUGUAUAUCACAGACGUUGUUUCAGUUAUUCGUAAAGAUAAAUUCAAUACGUCUGAAAUUUUCGUCUAUGGAUAGCGAAAAAUCAAUUCUUUCGCAAAGUAGAAUAUAACAAUCGAUAAAUUUGUAUAUUCGUACUUGAUGCAAACUUUGUAUUAUCGUAAUUAUAGUUUGUCAGUUAUGUAUGUCUACGAACGAAUAAAUUAGCGAUGGAGAGUAAGCUUCUUUUACUUUCCUUUUAUUUGUCAAUUUAUUAUAUUUUAUUUAUGAAAGUGCGCGCGCUAAUCGUAAGAAGUUCGAAUUUAUUCGAUUCAUCCAACAAUAGUAUAGGAAGGUUAAAACUAAUCGAGCUAAAUUAUCAAAUAUUUCACGUAGUUACCGUUUACGUAGUAACGUUGAAAACGGAUACAGGCAAGCGCUCAAUCUAUGGGAAGGUACAUGGGAAACGUACAUCAACGGAAUAAGCAUCGUAUACUUUACAGAACAUGGAAAGCCUGAAUUCCGUGCAACACACGACUUUCUUUUAAUGUUUUGAAUCACCAUAACUCGAGAAUAUUUCAUCGGUAUGAUACUGCGACUUAGGUCGUUGAAUUUCUAGCGAUCCGCGCUGUAUUUUUUUAUGAAAAUGGAAACAGUCGUGUUCCAGUUAAACAUCCCGGUUAAAUUCACGAAACGAGUAUACAAAGUUUUUCAAGCGCGUUAUAUAUAUAUAUAUAUAUAACCUAAGAACCUUUAGAGAGCGAGUUUCAUUCGUUAGAAAGAAGCUUAGAUUUUCAAAAUGAUGUAUAACGAUUGGCGUCGUUCCGCGAAUUUUCAGCAACGCAACGAUGAAGAUGAACAACUGUUAAAAAUUAGAAUUUACUCGUGGACGGUGAUCAGAUUGGAAAUUUCGAGCAGCUAUCUCGAUUAGAAAAUCGAUACGUUAUCUAUUUAAGAUUACGUUUAAGACGUUCGAAAAUAUCUAUAAAUUAUAAUUGCGCGUGGAUGCGUGUGCACAUGAGAUACGAACGAGUGAGUUUGCGUGAUAAUUGUACAUUCGUAGCGUGCGACCACGUUCCUUUAACAUAGUUAAACUUAAGCGGAAUAUUAUCGAUCACAAAUCAUCAGCUGGUUGUGAGUAAAUGUUAAUUACAUAUCCACCGUUGACGUGGAGAUUUAGAUGUACGAUGUCAGCAAUUAGACCGAGUAGUUUACACCGAUGCAAGAAUUACGAUGCGUUAACCGAUUGUCAGAGGAAAUCCUUAAAUUAUAGCAAAGCAGAAAAUCGAUACAAUCGCAAUGAGUAUGAUCGAGGGCACCUUUUGUUAUCUUAACUUAAAGUUAUAGCCGUAAGAGCUUUUUUACUUUGCCGUGAAUAACUGGGCUAUAACUUUAUCCUCUUCUUUAAAUUACACGCUCAAAGUUAUACGCGGUAUUUCAUUUAAAUCGUGACAUUUUACGAGGAGAAAUAACAACCUCUUAUUAAUCGUUGUACUUAAAGAAACGUAAUUGUCCCAAAUUUUUGAAUUUUGUUUGCGAUCGAGUUAUGCGUUUACCGUGACUUUAAGAUCAAAAGAUCCGCUUCAUAUCUCUUAACGUUGCUUCGAUUAAGAAACAAUUGUCGUAAAUAUAAAUUAUAAUCCGAUCGGUAUUUCUUCCAAUGAUAUCGCAUAAAAUCGGAUUGCAUAUCAUUUUGAUAAUUAUCACGGAUCAAUAAUUUUCCUAACGGACAGACGUUAGGCAUCGUGCGUGAAACGAUACAAUGUAAUAACUAACUUCUGCAUUAAAUUUAUCGCAACGUUCAAUGUAAAUAUCGUAGAGUUGCUAUUGAGAUUGCGAAAAGUGGCUCGCAGGAUUGAGUCAAAGAACAUGCAAGAGAGAUGAUACGUAUGUUCUGUAGGCGUGUAAUUGCGAUCUCACUCGUUGUAACACUGUAUGUCAUCUUUGAUUCAAUCGAGUACUUCGAUGUCACAUAUGUUUUUAUAAACUGGUGAGAAGCAAAUACGACGAAGAAAAGAAUUUCCUUGUUGAAGAAUAAUUAAGAAAGAAGGCCAACGUCUAUUCAAAUAUCAAUUUGAAUGCUAUACAUUAACCGUUAAUGCUGUCUAUUAUCUAUCAAACAUUUUAUAUCUCUUCUCUCUCGAUCUGUAUACAUUAAAUAGAAAAUAUUCUUC